AACCCUAAGUCCCAGUCCCUCAUAUAAAUCGAAGCUUUCAUCUCGAUGAGAAAGCCGUCCUCCUCAGCCAAUAGUCACUCUCGAUCUCUCUAAGUCUCUCGUCUUCUCGAAGCAACCAUGUCGAAGCGAAAGACAAGGGAGCCAAAGGAAGAAAAUGUGACCCUUGGGCCUGCCACGCGUGAAGGAGAACAAGUUUUUGGUGUGGCUCACAUUUAUGCAUCCUUUAAUGAUACCUUCUUGCAUGUGACUGAUUUGUCUGGACGGGAGACACUAGUUCGCAUCACUGGUGGCAUGAAGGUAAAGGCUGAUAGGGAUGAGUCCUCACCAUAUGCUGCCAUGCUUGCAGCUCAAGAUGUAGCACAGAGAUGCAAGGAACUUGGCAUCACUGCUCUUCAUAUCAAGCUCCGUGCUACUGGAGGAAAUAAAACCAAGACUCCAGGUCCUGGUGCUCAGUCUGCACUUCGUGCCCUUGCUCGUUCUGGAAUGAAGAUUGGUCGCAUUGAGGAUGUGACACCAAUUCCCAGUGACAGCACACGAAGGAAGGGUGGUAGAAGAGGGAGAAGACUGUAGAUUGGCCUUUUUUGCCCAAUUUUCCCAUCAUUCAACUUUAGUGCUGGUGAUGUGGUUGCUUCCCAAUGUCUUGUGUGGUUUACUAGACGAACAUAUUUUUAUUAUUUAACAUUUUGCGGGUUUGCUUUCGUUCUCACAAUUGACUUGUGUUCACGACUUGUGGUGCUUCCUGCUCCCUGUGGGAUUGUUAUUCUUAAAUGACUAAUCUAUGGAAACCAUUUUGUUACUCUA